AUGUCGCAGGAGACACUGCCCGUAGUCCAGGCCGUCAACCCCAGCUUAUGGCUCUGCAGGGAAGUGAAGGACUCGUCGCAGCUUUCUCCGCUUGUACAAGAUGCGUGA